AUGGCAGAGGAGGAUGUUUAUACAAAAGAUGGAACUGUGGAUUAUCGGGGGAAUCCUGCUAACAGAAACGAGACUGGAACCUGGAGGGCCUGCCCUUUUAUUAUAGGAAAUGAGUUUUGUGAACGAUUGGCUUACUAUGGGAUGAGCUCCAAUCUGGUUCUUUAUUUCAAGCACAUACUAAAUCAGCGAAGUGCUACAGCUGCUAGAAAUAACUUGAACUGGGGGGGAACAUGCUAUAUCACUCCAUUGAUCGGAGCAUUCGUUGCUGAUGCUUAUCUAGGAAGAUAUUGGACGAUUGCUUGUUUCUCAACCAUAUAUGUUGCAGGGAUGACGCUUUUGGCAAUGUCAGCAUCUGUCCCUAGCCUAAAGCCAAAAUGUUAUUCAGAAAAUCAUUGCCAUCCAACAGAUGGUCAAAGUGCAUUAACUUUCGUAGCUCUUUACCUGGUAGCACUAGGCACAGGAGGUAUUAAGCCUUGUGUCUCAUCCUAUGGAGCAGAUCAGUUUGAUGAUGCUGACGAGGUUGAGAAAAAGCACAAGAGUUCUUUCUUCAACUGGUUCUACCUCUCAAUUAAUGUUGGUGCUCUUAUCGCCAGUUCUGUGCUGGUUUGGGUGCAAGAUAAUGUGAGUUGGGGAUGGGGUUUUGGCAUUCCAGCAAUAGCCAUGGCAAUUGCUGUUUUGAGCUUCUUUUCAGGUACUCCGUUGUUCAGGUAUCAAAAGCCUGGAGGCAGCCCUCUUACACGCAUGAGUCAGGUGCUGGUGGCAUCCUUCAGAAAACAGAAAGUUGAAGUUCCUGCCGACAAGUCUCUUUUGUAUGAGACUGCAGAUGCUGAAUCCAACAUCACAGGAAGCCGCAAGCUCGACCAUACUGCAGAGUUUAGUUUCCUUGACAAGGCAGCAGUGGAAACAGAAAAGGAUGAAAUAAAGGGGUCAGUAGACCCGUGGAGACUUUGCACAGUAACCCAAGUUGAGGAGCUAAAGUCUAUCAUUCGAUUGCUUCCCAUAUGGGCCACUGGUAUCAUCUUUUCUACUGUGUACAGCCAGAUGGGGAACUUAUUUGUGCUGCAAGGUGAAACAAUGGACAAAUUUGUUGGAAACUCCACUUUCGAGAUCCCAUCUGCAUCUCUGUCCAUCUUUGACACCCUUAGUGUCAUCUUUUGGGUCCCUGUGUAUGACAGAAUUAUUGUCCCAGUUGCAAGAAAAUACACUGGACAAAAAAAUGGCUUAACUCAACUGCAGCGGAUGGGCAUUGGUCUCUUUAUAUCAAUAUUUGCCAUGGUAUCUGCAGCAAUCUUGGAACUUAAAAGACUCCAAAUGGUGAGAAGGCACAACUACUACGAACUUGAUUCCGUGCCCAUGUCGAUAUUUUGGCAAGUUCCGCAGUAUUUCCUGAUAGGCUGUGCUGAAGUUUUCACUUUCAUCGGACAAUUGGAAUUCUUCUACGAGCAAGCACCUGAUGCAAUGAGGAGCAUGUGUUCUGCCCUGUCACUCACCACCGUCGCACUUGGUAGUUACUUGAGCUCUCUUCUUGUAACCAUCAUCACAAGCAUUACCACUAAGAAUGGAAAGCUUGGAUGGAUACCGGACAACUUAAAUUACGGUCACAUUGAUUACUUCUUCUGGCUACUGGGGGUGCUCAGUGUGCUGAAUUUAUGUGCCUUUAUCUUGAUCUCGAAUUGGUACACUUAUAAAAAGCCUGUAGGAACUCUUCGUUGA